GCGUCUGUAAGAAUUCGCAGCCUGGGAAGGGCGGGAACACGCCCCCGAUGCUGGCGCUGACGUCACCACUUUCUGGCUCCUCUGCCCGGAGCCGCGGGAGCGCGCUGGGCCCGAAGUCUGUGUGUUUGGCCGAAAGGGAGUAGCGAGCCUAGGCGCGCUUCCGAGGCAGUCGCCAUUACUGAUUAGGGGGAAAAAAAGCUGUGAGGAAGCGAAGAGGUACCGGAGCCGGGAAAGGGAGAGGCCCGGAGGCUAGGCGGUUGCGACACAGAAGAAAGAAGGCAGAGAGGGUUCUUAGAGAAAGGAGUGCGUGAUGAGGCAGCGGAAGGCGAUGAAAUCGUGAGACAGGCAUUUGACUAUGCACUGUGCUAAAUGGAAAAGACCGUGACAAAGAAGUGAAAGCUGAUCUUCAGCGGGCAUUCUGUCUGUCGUUCAUGAGCCGUGGUCUUCUGUUACAACUGAAGAGAAAUUUACUUUAGCAAUGGAGGAAGUUGGAAAGCUAUGAAUACAUUUCCUUGGUCUCUGACCCACCUUUUGAAAGAUGAUUGGAAUCCAAAAAGAAUGAAAAGUAUGUCCAGCUAUGUAAAUGCACUUAGAAGGGUGAGAGGGGAGUGAUGAUGGCAAAAAAUAAAGAGCCCCGUCCACCAUCAUAUACCAUUAGCGUUGUUGGAUUGUCUGGUACUGAGAAGGAUAAAGGCAAUUGUGGAGUUGGAAAGUCUUGCUUGUGCAACAGAUAUGUUCGUCGAAAAGCUGAUGAUUUUUAUUCAGAGCAUACCUCUGUCCUCAGCACAAUUGACUUUGGAGGGCGUGUUGUCAACAAUGACCAUUUUUUGUACUGGGGUGACGUAACAGAAGUUGGCGAGGAUGGGGUUGAUUGCAAGUCCAAUAUAAUUGAGCAAACUGAGUUCAUUGAUGACCAGACCUUUCUUCCUCACCGGAGUACAAAUCUUCAACCUUAUAUAAAAAGAGCAGCAAAUACAAAGCUGCAGUCGGCAGAAAAACUAAUGUAUAUCUGCACGGAUCAACUUGGCCUGGAGCAGGAUUUUGAGCAGAAACAAAUGCCUGAAGGAAAACUGACUGUAGAUGGAUUUGUGCUAUGCAUUGAUGUUAGCCAAGGAUGCAACCGAAAGUUUGACGAUCAGCUGAAGUUUGUCAAUAACCUUUACACACAUGUAGCAAAAACAAAAAAACCCAUCAUUAUUGCAGCAACAAAAUGUGAUGAAUGUGUGGACCAUUACCUGAGGGAAGUACAGGGAUUUGCCUCUAACAAGAAAAACCUACUUGUAGUAGAAACAUCAGCACGGAAUAAUAUAAAUGUUGAAACAUGUUUUGCAGCACUAAUUCAAAUGUUGGACAAAACAAGAAGUAAACCCAAAAUCAUUCCUUACUUGGAAGCCUUUAAAAUACAUAGGCAGAUUGUCAUCUCUGCUUCUGAUAAGUUUGAUAAGCUCAUUGUACAAACUGUACGGGAUUACCAUGCAGUAUGGAAAACAGUGAGUAAUAAGUUGAAAAACCAUUCUGAUUAUGAGGAUUACAUCAAUUUGGAAGGAACUGUAAAGGCAAAAAAAACUUUCUCAAAACACAUAGACCAGCUAAAGCAAGAACAUAUUCGGAAAAGAAAAGAAGAAUAUCUUAAGACACUACCUAGAACUCUUAACACAUUAUUGCCGAAGCUCGAAGAUAUUGAAAAUUUAAGUUGGGCAGAAGCUAUUCAAGUUUUAGAAAAGCGGCCUGAUUUUAGCUUGUGGUUUGUGAUGCUGGAAACGGUUCCUUGGGAUCAAACGGAUCAUAUUGACAAAGUAACAGACAGGCGCAUUCCAUUUGAUCUUCUUUGUACUUUAGAAGCUGAAAAAGUCUAUCAAAGCCAUGUUCAGCAUCUUGUCUCUGAAAAGAGAAGAGUAGAAAUGAAAGAGAGAUUCAAAAAGACCCUUGAGACAAUACCGAUCAUUUCACCUGGUCAGCCAUGGGAAGAAUUAAUAUGUUUUCUUCUUGAUGAUGAAGCCUACAAGUUUAUCAGUGAGUCUGACAGAGUGGAUGUUUAUCGCAAACACCAGAGAGAAUUAAUUGAAAAAGCCAAAGAAGAAUUUCAGGAGAUGCUAUUUGAACACUCUGAGCUUUUCUAUGAUUUGGAUCUCAAUGCAACUCCCAGCACUGAUAAAAUGAGUGAAAUUAAUGCAGUUCUUGGGGAAGAGCCAAGGUACAAAGCUCUUCAGAAACUUGCAACUGAACGAGAAUCCCUUCUCCUUAAACACAUAGGAUUUGUUUAUCAUCCUACUAAAGAAACCUGUCUUAGUGGUCAGAGCUGUAUGGACAUUAAAGUAGAGCAAGUUCUUGCUAACAGUCUUCUGCAGUCCAAUCUUGGUCGUAUGAACUUAUAUCAAGACAGUACUAACCUUGAUCGGAUUAACCUGCUCAUUCUUGGCAAGGAUGGACUUGCCCAAGAGAUGACUAAUGAGAUAAGGACACAAUCAACAGAUGAUGAGUUUGCAUUGGAUGGAAAAAUAUAUGAAUUAGACCUGAAAACAGUAGAUGCAAAUUCCCCAUAUCUUUUAAGCCAAUUACGGACCUCUGGUUUUAAACCUCAUGGUUGUUUCUGUGUUUUUAGCUCAAUUGAGUCACUUAAUUUUAUUGGAGACUGUAUUGGCAAGAUAAGAUGUGAAGCCCAGAUAAGAAGAGAAAAGGAUAUUGCCAGCCUUCCAUUUGCAUUAAUUCUUGCUAACCAGCGAGACAGUACCAGCAAAAACCUGCCAAUUUUGAGGCAUCAAGGACAGCAGUUAGCAAAUAAGCUUCAGUGCCCAUUUGUAGACAUACCUGCUGGCACAUACCCACGUAAAUUUAAUGAAACUCAAAUAAAGCAAGCACUAAGGGGGGUACUGGAAUCUGUAAAGCACAAUUCUGAUAUUGCUAGUCCAGCUCCAACAAUCAAAGAGCUCUCAGAAGCUGACUUGAGGAUUGUGAUGUGUGCCAUGUGUGGAGAUCCAUUUAGUGUGGACCUCAUUCUCUCUCCUUUUCUUGAGUCCCGCACUUGUAGUGCUGCUCAGCCUGGCCAAAUCAACUCUCUGAUGCUUGAUAAAAUUAUUGGUGAUAAGCGGAGAAGGAUACAGAUAACUAUACUGUCUUACCAUUCCUCCAUCGGGGUAAGAAAAGAUGAACUAGUUCAUGGAUAUAUUUUGGUUUAUUCUGCUAGGAGGAAGGCAUCUAUGGGAAUGCUACGAGCUUUCCUUUCCGAAGUACAAGACACAAUACCAGUACAACUGGUAGCUGUCACAGAUAGUCAAGCAGACUUCUUUGAGAAUGAGGCCAUUAAAGAGUUGAUGACUGAGGGGGAGCACAUUGCAACUGAGAUUUCAGCAAAAUUCACUGCUUUAUAUUCUUUAUCUCAGUAUCACCGUCAGACUGAGGUUUUUACACCAUUCUUUUGUGAUGUAUUAGAAAAGAAAACCUCAAUUGAAAACUCUUACCUGGCAGAAAGCACUAGGGAGGCCAGCCAACAAUGUGAAGAUGUUUUUACUCAUUCAUCGCGGGGGAACUCUCCAGCAUACAUCUGCUAUCCAGAUUCCGAAGAUGAUACUGAAGCACCACCACCUUAUAGCCCAAUCGGUGAUGAUGUUCAGCUUUUGCCAAAAUGUCCAUUGGACAAUGAAGGGAAUGAGUAUCCCAUACAUAGCACUCCACUUAACUGUCAUGACCACGAGCGCAACCAUAAAGUGCCUCCUCCGAUAAAACCUAAACCUGCUGUACCCAAGCCCAGAGUAAAUAGACUGGACCCAAACCUGGUAAAAACCAUUGAAGCUGGUAUGGGCAAAAACCCAAGAAAGCAAGCUUUGCGCACUCAUUUAACACAUGGAGAGGAUCUCGAUGCUUCAGAUAACUAUGCGGAACCAGCAGACACAAUACACAAACCCAAAGACUUUAUCAAUGACACAUACGCAAUUCCAGAUGAUAGUCAAAACCAUAGCAGUAGAUUACGCUGGUUUUUCACCCCACAAGGAGAUGAAGAGAAUGGCAUUCCAGACAGAGUGCCAAGGGGCCAAGUAGAAAGAAGGCCUUCAAAAUAUAAGUAUAUGUCUAAAACUCUGUUUAGUAAGAGCAAAUCGUACCGCUAUCGCCGGGCACAUUCUGAUGCUAGUGAUGAGGAGGCACUUACAGGAAAAGAACGCAAAAGGAAACCAAAGCACAGACCUAGUGAGGAGGAUCCAUUGCUCUCCCCCACUGUAGACAGCUGGAAAGGAGGAAUAGAUAACCCAGCCAUCACUUCUGACCAAGAACAAGAGGAAAGAAAAACAAAGAAAAAAGCCACUAAAGUUAAAGAAGACAAGAAGAAAAAAAAAACGAAGCAACUAAAUCCACCAACACGAAGGAACUGGGAGAGCAACUACUUUGGCAAGCCGCUGCAUGAGCUUGUGAGCCCUGAGAAGCCCAUUCCAGUUUUUGUAAAGAAAUGUGUGGAAUACAUUGAGGAGACAGGGCUGAGUGCCGAAGGUCUGUACCGAGUUAGUGGUUAUAAGACUGACCAAGAUAACAUUCAAAAACAGUUUGAUCAAGAUAACAAUCUGAAUUUGGCUUCGAUGGAGGUGACUGUAAAUGCAGUGGCGGGUGCACUGAAGGCAUUUUUUGCAGACUUGCCAGCUCCUCUCAUACCCUAUAACCAUCACCCUGAUCUGCUUGAAGCCUCAAAAAUCCCAGAGAAAGUGGAGCGGCUGCAAGUGCUAAAGGACAUCCUUCGGAGCUUUCCUCCUGUCAACUAUGAGGUUCUGAGAUUUAUCAUUGCUCACUUGAACAGAGUCAGCCAGCACAGCAAGACCAAUCUGAUGACAGCCGAUAACCUUUCCAUUUGCUUUUGGCCAACUCUGAUGCGGCCAGAUUUUGAAAACAAAGAGUUUUUCUCCACCACCAAGAACCACCAAUCUGUCAUUGAGACAUUCAUCCUGCAGUGCCAGUUCUUUUUUUAUGAGGGUGACAUUGUGGAUUCGCCAAGUGCCACCAGCUCCCCAUCAGCCCAGCACUCCAGCCCAGGGCCAUUAGCAGCACCACUUGUUCCUCUACAGUUACCACCCCCACUCCAGCCACAGCUGCUUCAGCCCAACCUGCAGGCCGAUGCAUUGGGCAUUCUGUAAAUUGAGGCAAGCCGACGAGUGCUCUGUUAUUUCAUAACCACUGUUCCUGCAGGUUCGAUUUGCCACUCGGCAAUGACUUCCUGCCAUCCCUGUAGUAAUAUCUUAAUGAUGCAGAAGAUUCAGAUUAUUUUUAGUCUUUUUUUUUUUUCUUUUGUAUUUUUUAAAAAAAAAUGCAUUGGGACUUGUAGAGAGAGAAAGCUGUGGCAAGCCUUGUUUGUGAAAUUUGCUGCUGCAUGGAACUUAUAUAGAAAUAUUAUACUCUUCACAUAUGGCACUGUCAUGCCAUGGAUAUACUUAUCAGUACAGAGGAUUAAACUACAGAAGAAAAAAAACAGUUCUUUUCUAUAGAAAAAUCUAAUUAAAAUUACAGAAAUAAAUUACAUUUAUGAGGCGUUAGAGUGCUUUCCCAGCCCUGCUGCAGGCUGAGAUUUAUUUUCACAUCAAAGCAUCUGUGGUGUGUGUACGUGGGCAUGUGUGGGUGUGUGUGGGAGCCUGGCAGUGGGGUGGGCAAUGUUGGUGCUUGGAAUGGAGCUUAACAUGUAAAUGAAACAAAAUAGUAAUUGUAUGUACAUAUAUAUAAAUGUUUACAUAUUUCAGGAAUAAAAUCCAUCCACUGAAUCAA